UUCCAUAUUCACAUCAUCUUUUUGCAUCAUCGUCCUCCACAAGAAGCCAGAUCUAAAUUCUAAAUACACGCGCGCACAGACACACAGUCUCUCUCUUUUCUCUCAUUUACGGUGUCACCUACCGACGAUACCACAAGAAACCAACCCAGAAAAAACUCCCAAAACAACCCACAAAAAAUUAAUCACAAAACAACCUUUCUUUCUUCUACAAAAACGCCAGAGAUCUGCAAAAUCUCAAAACAACCCAGAAAACACAAAACAAGAAACACCCGCAAAUGGAUCUUCAACCAGAAGAACUACAAUUCCUAAGUUUAACAGACAUAGUGAAAGAAUCAAUCUCAAUCCCAAAACUUUCUCCUCGUACUUUUUACCUGAUAACCUUAUCUUUAAUUUUCCCUCUUUCUUUCGCCAUUUUAGCUCACUCUUUAUUCACUCACCCAAUUCUUACCCAUCUUCAAGAUCCUUCCACUCCAAUACAAUCUCAAUCCCAUGAAUGGGUUCUUCUCCUUGUCUUUCAAUUUUUCUACCUUCUUUUUCUCUUCACUUUCUCUCUCCUCUCCACCGCUGCCGUUGUUUUCACCGUCGCCUCACUUUACACUUCCAAACAAGUCUCCUUCACCUCUACUAUCGCCGCCAUCCCUUCCGUGUUUCGGCGUUUGUUCAAUACUUUUUUGUGGGUUUCGCUUUUGAUGCUGUGUUAUAACCUCGUCUUUAUCAUUUUGCUUGUGCUUAUCAUUGUUGCCGUUGACACCAAUAGUACCUUCUUGUUGUUCUUUUCGAUGUUACUGGCUUUUGGUCUGUUUUUGUUUGUGCAUGUUUAUAUUACUGCUCUGUGGCAUCUUGCUAGUGUAGUUUCUGUGCUUGAGCCCAUCUAUGGUUUCGCUGCCAUGAAGAAGAGCUAUGAGCUUCUUAAAGGGAAGGUGCUCAUGGCUGGAGUGUUUGUUUUCGGGUAUUUGUUAAUCUGUGGGUUGAUUAGUGGGACUUUCGCGGCGGUGGUUGUUCAUGGGGAUUCCAGUACUUCGGUUUUUGUUCGGAUUUUGGUGGGUGGUUUCCUUGUUGGGGUUCUUGUGAUUGUCAAUUUGGUUGGUUUGUUGGUUCAGAGUGUCUUCUACUAUGUAUGCAAGAGUUAUCAUCAUCAAGGGAUUGAUAAAAUCGCGCUUCAUGAUCACCUUGGUGGGUACCUUGGCGAGUAUGUGCCUCUUAAGAGUAACAUUCAAUUGGAAAGCCUCGAUAUCUGAUGAUAAGAAAGGGUUAUAUGUUGGAGUUGUGUAGAAUUUUUUUUCCUAAUCUGUUGUAUAAAUGGGGAUGAAGAGUCCGAGAGAUGACAAGGAGCUGGAUGUGGUCUGUAAGUUUCGCUGUUCUUUGUUAUGUAUUAGUAGAAUAUAUUGCAUAAUAAGACAUUUUCAUCGUCCAUCUUGUUGUUGUGUUUCAGCUACGUAGAUGUGAAAUGAAGUCAGAUUUAAUUUAGAGAACUUGUAUCUCUUAUUAUCUGAAAUAAUGGUUAGAUUAUCUACUGUUUUUGUUUCA